AUGGACCCGGCGUCGAUUCUCGGAAUUGUGGCCGCUGCAUGCCAGUUCGCUGAGCUGGCGGCAAAGGGCGCAAUCAAGGGCGCUGGGCUGUUGAAGAGCCUGAGAGACACGCCUGCCAAGCUCACGGAACUUCUGAGACUUGUUCAGAUAUCCAAACAGAAUAUGGUACAACUGCGAGAUCACCUAGCCCACCCAACUCUCCUGGGCCUUUUGCCCCAACUUCAACUACAAUCCUUUCGAGACAACAUCGAUCAAGCACACAAAAUAGCCAAAGAAUUGGAAGUACAGAUCGAAUCCCUUGUUGAACCUACCACCCAGGAUUUGAGGGGAAUCAAAAAGCUCUGGCGAGACGUCAUCACAGUCAAGAAGGAAGGAGAGUUCAACGACAGAUUCGAAGCCAUCCAGCGGUACAAUGAGCAAAUCCACCGCGGACUCUCAGGUCUCCAGGUUGCUCUGUCCACCAAAAAUCUGGAGAGCAGUGUAGCCAUCGGAACAAGAGUCAAUGAGAACACCACCGUGCUGGCUGAGAUAAAAGACAAGGUCUACGAGCUGAACAGCAGGAAGACCGAUGUUGAUAUCGAUGUGAACGUGCAUGGUUCUACGCUCAUCGCAGCUCAGCAAACACGAGCCAGCCCAGCAACAACCCGGGUCGAAUUCGAGCUGCGACUUGAGCCGGUGUCAAUCAGAGACGAAAUACGGAGCGAACUCAUGCUACUGAUGACUGGUCAAGGGCCGUACGCCAGUGCGUCCAAUGCGCUUCUUCCCAUCGUAUCACGCCUUUCCUACGAAGACAGAGCGCAAGUAGCUAGCAUGCUUCUGAUGACUCAGGCUCAACAUACGAAUAGCCCGAGAAGACACAGCAACUCUGCAGCGGCGAGACGCUCCUCUGAUCGGCACCCCGCCCCCGGGCCACCAUUGUGUGAUUGCGAUAUCAAAACCUAUAACAUCGGAAAGACAUUCAAACGUGGUCCAUUCUCUUUUGGUUAUGGCUAUGAGAACCAGAAGCGACAUCACAACUCUUGCCCCUACAGUGGAGGACAGACAGCGAAACGAACCUGGAACUCUGAGCUAUGCAUGCAACUCCUCCCUCUGGUCAACAAAACGGUGCAGUUUGCUUUGUCUGCGACAAUCGGCGGUGGCGGUUUUGAGCUCCGGUUCCCGCUGAAAGUGGUUCCUACCGUUCAAAGGGCCAAUUCAGCGAUAUUCAUGCUCUUUGAUAAUUUCGCCGAGCGAUGCGCAGAGCUCGGUUUCUUCAGGGAAUAUUACGUUGAUCAACGUUUGUAUCCUGAUUUCUACGUCGACUACAGAUACUACGUCUACCAGUAUCGACGCGACAGCAAUACCGCGGCUGUGUGGGACAUUGAUCGUAUUCGUCAAGAACUCCAACACAUUCAUAGGGUGCUGUGUGAUGCUCAUAUCCUCCAGAUUGGUUCAAUCAGAGACAGGGAUGAAUCAGGAUUCACUGUCCUUCAUGAGUUGAUGCUUUUGAUCCUACAGGUGAUACCGGUAUAUACAUGUACUUACCGUGCAAUGUUACAUCUUCACAGUCUCGGCCAUAACAUAGGAGCAUCUCCACUGAAAAGUGCAAUAGACGCCGCCCGAAUGAUUUUACCUCUAUUCGGACAGAUGCUCGAUUCGACAGAGCAGCCAUAUCUCCCAUUCGAUUUUCUGCGUAGCAUAAUGUCCUUGGAAGUGGACCAUUACACCCGAGAAAUGGCUACCAAUGUGGCAUUCUACAGCGUGAACGAUUAUUCCACAGGCUCUGUUGGUUGGCAUGGAAGCCAGCGCGAGGUAGAGGUGCUCAUGAUGGGCUUGAUCAAGGCUGAUGCAUUGGACUGGGCCACAAUCGUUGUCAAGUCGCACGCUCGCAAACGCACAGAGCUUGCCACCCUUGGCCGCCAACACUUAUCCCGCUUUGAUCAAGAAAGACUGGGACUUUCCACUACCAAAGUAAUACCGUUGGAUGCUCAUGCGCGAGAAGUAUACGACCUCUUGGGGAAUAAAGGAAUUCAAGUCCCCCUAGCCUUGCAUCCUGGAUGGACUGGGUCGAUCUAUUAUGUCUUGAGCGACUAUCACAACAGGUUCGGAUCACAGAACCUUGACCAGAGUUACCGGUAUAUUUUCGUUCCGUCUACUACAGAUAUCCGUGACAGCUUUCUGCUGGUCGUAGUGGCGCAGCAAUUGUUCGACAACGGCUUUACCGUUUUCGACAAGGUGCCACUAGAAAGGAAAGGAGAGCAGCUGAAGGGUGCCAGUUCCAACUUUCCGCUUCCGAUACAUUACAACGAACAAGCCUCCCUCGGAUUUCGCAGACAGAGCAGCCGCAACCUGUUAGAGCGGCUAGCAAAAGGAUGCACUACUCAGCCCAACUCACACUGGUCUUUGAUGCGUCUGCUAGUUCAGUACGUUUCCGGCCUGUGUCCUCCCAUGUUGACAGACAGCUGUGUCUGUUAUUGUCUUACCUCGGACGGAUGUCUACCACAACACCUCCACGUAUCCUUUGAUGCCUACUCCUCAAUAUGCAACCACCAUGAGCACAAAGCUAACGCCCUAGUUUCUUGGCUCGAGUCGUGUUUUCUUACCCGUGACGAAAAGUCGCUGUGCUUCAAACAAGCAGUGCGGCUAGAGCUGUUUGACAGACUCGGUCUCGUUCACACAUGCUGUCUAGGGCUGGAAAGCGAAGGGGACCCUCCCAAACCCGAAGAAGUCGAAAGGAUCAGAGACGAUGAUGAGGAACUAGCAUCACAAUUGGACUUGUUAAUGCUCGCUUACCGUGGGUCCCUCCUCAUGUUUCUCCACCAGCAUGAUGAAGAUGAAGAAUACUCCACGGAGUUCGAUUGUGGUUGCUAUGAAUCUGAAGGUCUGGGGAAAACGCCUCCUUUAUGGGGUAGCCAUAACCUAGAUGCCCACACAACUCUUUUGCUGGCUCAUUGGCGCCACUGGUGGAGUGUGACGGAUCCAAUCCUGGCCGAUAUUUACAGCAUCACUCGGAUGGAUCUCGAUGAAGCUUGUAACGGAGAGGCCUUUGACGUCGGAUAUGGGUCAGAGGAGCAAGUAGCAGAUAUGAUGCGUGAGACAGCUGAUAGGAGGACUAAUUUGAAUCUGGAAGAGAUGGGAUUCGGCGACCUCGAUUACAAUGAAGUGAUCGAGCGGCAUUUUGCCACGGAACUAACAUACGCGAGGGAAAAUAUUAUUUCCGUGCCUAGAGGUAGUGAGGAUGCGCACUAUUGGCAAAAGAAGUUUGAUAAGGCAACUUUUGUACCAGUCCACAGGACAGAACUCCUGGACGAACUGAUGGAAAAGCUAAGGCGAGCAGUGUCGGGACAAGAUGAAAUAUUCACAAAGGAAACGAAGAUAUGGAGCGAUCUGGAGAAUCAAUUUUGGUUAUGA